AGAGAAGACUCUGAGCACUUCUCUCUGCCCUCAGCACCAGCUCAGCUCUGUCGAUCUCUCCUUGCUCCCCAGUUUUGGAUCUUUUGAGGAGAACCAUGUCCCGCCAGUCUGUCUGCAGGAGCUUUGGAGUCGGGAGCAAAAGGGGAUUCAGCUCCUGCUCUGCUGUUGGAGGUGGCUUUGGAGGCAGUGGCCGCAGCAGGAUCAGCUACAGCUCGUUCUCCACGUCCAGGGGGAUCGGAGGAGGCGGCGGACGCUGCGGAGGAUUCAGCAGCCGGAGCCUCCACAACCUGGGGGGCAGCACGAGGAUUUCCAUGGGCAGCUCUUACGGCAGCGGCUACGGAUGUAGAAUGGGUGGCUUUGGUGGAGGAUUUCCAGGAGGAUUUGGUGGCAUUGGAGGAGGUGUCAUUGGUGGAGGAAUGGGCGGCUUUGGGGGCCCCGUCAGAGGCGGCCCUGGGUUCCCUGGAGGGAUCCAGCCGGUGCAGGUGGACCCAACCCUCCUGCGGCCCGUCCACGUGGACAUUGACCCUCAGAUCCAGCAAGUGAAGUGCCAGGAGAAGGAGCAGAUCAAGACUCUGAACAACCAGUUUGCCUCCUUCAUCGACAAGGUGCGAUUCCUGGAGCAGCAGAACAAGGUGCUCUCCACCAAGUGGGAGCUGCUCCAGCAGCAAGGGCCAUCGGGGCCCAGGAAGAACCUGGAUGUGAUCUUUGAGAAUUACAUCCAGAACCUGCGGAGGCGGCUGGAGUCUCUGCUGGGCCAGCGGGGCCAGCUGGAGUCGGAGCUGCAGAACAUGCGGCAGUACGUGGAGGAGUUCAAAACCAAGUACGAGGAGGAGAUCAACCGCCGCACGGCUGCUGAGAACGAGUUCGUGGUGCUGAAGAAGGACGUGGACUGUGCCUACAUGACCAAAGUGGAGCUGGAAGCCAGGGUGGGAGCUCUGACUGAUGAAAUCAACUUCCUGAGGUGCAUCUAUGAGGAGGAGCUGUCUCAGAUGCAGACGAUCAGCCGGGAUCUGUCCGUGGUGGUGUCCAUGGACAACAACCGGCACCUGGACCUGGACAGCAUCAUCGAGGAGGUUCGGCGCCACUAUGAGCAGAUCGCCCAGAGCAGCCGGGCUGAGGCCGAGGCCUGGUACCAGAGCAGGUAUGAGGAGCUCCAGAGCACGGCCGGCCGGCACGGGGACAACCUGCGCAACACCAAGAUGGAGAUCCAGGAGCUGACCAGGAAUGUCCAGAGGCUGCGGACAGAGAUUGAGAACGUCAAGAAGCAGAACCAUCAUCUCCAGUCAGCCAUCGCUGAGGCUGAGGAGAGGGGGGAGAUGGCCACCAAGGAUGCCAGGAGGAAGCUGGAAGAGCUGGAAUGUGCCCUGAGCAAGGACAAGGAGGAGCUGGCUCGCCUGCUGAAGGAGUACCAGGAGCUGCUGAACAUCAAGAUUGCGCUGGACGUUGAGAUCGCCAUGUACAGGAAGCUGCUGGAGGGCGAGGAGAACAGGCUCUGCUUAGAGAACCCCUCCAACGUGAAUGUCUCCGUGGUGGGCAGGAGCGCCGUGUGCGGGGGCAGAGCUGGCAGCGGCCUGGGAGGAGGAGUGUGCGGCGGGAGCGCCGGCAGCUGCGGCGGGGCAGGAGCGAUGCUCGGCGGCGGCUUCUCCUCCGGCAGCGGCAGGAUGUGCGGCACUGCCGGCGGCAGCUUCGCGGCCGGGGGCGGCUCCUCGGUGCGGAGAUGUGUCACCACCACCACGGUCAAAUCCUCCGCGGUCAAAUACUGAGCCCUCGCCCCCGUCCUCCCAGCGAAAGCAGCACCUUCCUCUUCCUCCCGCCAGCAGCGCAGCCCUUCCAUCCCCAGGAGGAAACAGCUCCUGGGGGAAAUCUCCCAGAGCGAGGUGGAAAACAGACACGUCCCUCUGGGGCGGCACAUCUCCCUGGCGAGUGCCCGGCCCUGCAGAGCUCCCCAGGGCUGUGCACCAGCUGAGCAGGAGCCUGUGCAGACCUGCUCUUUCCUGACCCUUUUCACAGCCCGUGUUCCCCCCGUGGGUCCCCCGCACCCUGCCCCAGCUGUGGCAGGAGCCCACAUCAGCAGGAGGAGGGAGAUGAUGUCCCACAGUCACAUUUAGGAGUGAGAAACAGGUCUGGAGCUGUCCACCUUCCCCAGGUGGAGUAAUUUGGCAGCUUUAAUGUUUAUGGAUCUUUUCCCUUUCCUCCUGCCCGCCUGGAGCGUGUGGCCCUGUUCCCCCCAGUCGUGUGAAU